AUGGAAGCUUAUGAACUUGGUGAAGAAGCAAAAGUUCCUGAAAAACUUUCAAUUAAAUCAGGCAUAAAGAUUCGUCACGCCAUAGAUACGGAAUAUGCAAGAGUUUGUCGCAGUCCCGUCGAUGGCUUGUAUAUAGUCCCAAGCUUCAACGAUGUUUACGUUUGGUUUGGGAUCCUUUUCGUCCGUCGUGGAUACUAUGGCGGAGGUAUUUUCAGGUUCACCUUGAAAUUUCCGAACGAUUUUCCAAAUACUAGAACUAUACCUACUGUGACUUUCGAAAGCUAUGUGUUCCAUCCAAGUAUUAGUCCAAAGUCACCUCAUAUUCUGGAUUUAAAAAAGACAUUCCCAGAUGGAUUCAAGAAAGAAAAGCAUAAUAUAUUAAAUAUUUUAAUCGCUGUUCAGCGCAUAUUUUUUUCUUAUGAAGCUGAACUUGGAAGUUGCUCUAAUCCGGAAGCAGCUAUUCUAUGGAAAGAACACAAAGACAAGUUUAAAGCAUUAUGCGAAGAUUGUGUGAACACUAGUCGAGCGCAAGUUUAUGAUGACCCUCCUCAUAUGGAAGACGCAAAUGCUAUUAAGCUGACUCCUUGGGACUCUUCCAUACAUGAAGCUGCUAGAGAGAGGAUGAUGAACUUUUGUGGAACGCAAGAGAAAAGUAGUUGGUGGGAACGAUCCAGUGGAAAGCAACAAGGGUUCAGCUGGAUUGAUACAGAUAGAAUGCUGUUUAUGACGGAACCAAAAACCCUGAUGGAGGAAGAUAUGCCACCAUCAGAAAGAGAUCGUGUCGCUUUUGGAAUAGAAAGGUUAGACCUGAGUGGUGUUUCACCAGAAGAUGAACAAGAGAGUACUUCAAGUAGAACCAAUACCAAGCUAAGCGAAGGAUCUGAUAUAUCGCUCUCAUCAAAUGGAAACUCAGUGGUUAUUUAA